AAGAAGAAGGUGGACUUACAGAACAGCAGGGCACUUUCGUCAUGUCUGAAAAAACGUAUCUACGACGCCUAUAAAAAACCUGAACUCACAGGCAAUCUCACAUUCACGCACGCGCAUCCAUAAUCUUUUUAAUUGUUUCUCUCCUCAUCUUCACCGUUUCAUUACGUAACUCAUUACGAUAAUACUUUUCUCUCUCAAAGCUUCUUUUCAUUUCUCCGACCAGACUGUGAGAUGCUCAAGGAAAGACAGGUUUUACCGGUUUCAAGCACCAGGAAGAGGGCAUCUCCUUACCCGCUUCGCUCAUGUCGGAGCAAGAAACAAAAAGAAGCAGAGUCGUCACCACCUCUUGUGCCAGAGAGUAGUGUGAGUGAAUGGGAAGAUGUGAGGUGUGCCAUCUGCUUGGAGCCGCCACACAAUGCCGUCCUCUUGCAAUGCUCUUCUUCCUCCAAAGGUUGUCGUGCUUACAUGUGCGACACCAGCUCCCGUCACUCCAACUGCUUCAAGCAGUACAGCAACAACAACAAGAACAACAGAAGCAAGACUCUCAAGUGUCCUUACUGCAGAGGAGAGGUUCACGGGACGAUGAAGUCCACUCCCGCACGGAGGUUCAUGAACGCGAGACCUAGGUGCUGUUCUGUGGACGGGUGCCAUUUCUCUGGGACCUAUUCUCAGCUCAAGACUCAUUUGAAAGCUGAGCACCCUGGUUUUAUUUCGCCAAUGUUGAGCCGUUUGGAGCAGUUGCGGAGAGAUAGAGAAGCGGAGUACAUUGAUACGCUCAACGCUCUUCGUAGAUGGGAAGUAGAAGAGACACCACCAUUGUUGGAUCGCCCUCUCUAUCAGUUUCCUCCACACUACAACCAAAAUCCCUUGAGCCAUCUCACCUUUGAUGCUUUCAUCAAUCCUUUUAAUGGUACAAGGAGACAAGCAAGUGCUGUCGAUUACCCCCAUGGGACCAUGUACCCCAGAUGGUAUCCGUGAAGACUCCAAGUGCCGAGUGUAUAAUGAAUUCGAUCAAAGUUUUGAAUAUUAUAUUGUACACUCAAAAGUCUUUAGGUUUUUAUAGAGACAUCUCAGCUCAGCCUCUAG